AUGGAUUCCCGUACCCGCAGAGACAGGCUGAGCAAAGAGAAGCAGCAGUAUUUCUUAGGCAUAGCAAGCAUCCGGUUUGGAGCCCUAGAUUUUGACUGGUGCCGGCAACGGAAUCCGCUCAGUGGGAGCCCAGAUCAGAAGAAUGUGGCUAGUUUGGAGACCAUGUUUAGGCGUGGAUGUGACUGGUCCCCGGAGCAGGUCAGCCAUCAGAUCCCGGCCUUGAUCGAUCCAGCACUGCUCGAAGAAAGUCUACAGAGAGCCGAGAAAAGCCUCUCCCUCGAGGACCUCAAGAAAGAAGACGGGGUAUUUGCGGAACUAGAUCUUGCUGAUGGCAAAGUCAUUUGUCUCAAAGGUGAACACCGAGUUCUGGCCUCUGACGCCACAGUCGUAAACCGGAAAAAGCGUUGGAUUGUUCGUUUGUACUCAACAGAAACAGACCUAAGCGAAGAUGCAAGAAACGACCUAGCAGAUGAAAGGGCGAGCGAGAGGCAAAUGACAGAUGCCGAAUACUUCUACAAUAUCACUUUGUUCUGGUUGAAGAACGGCGAUCCUGAUCAAGGACCCCGGCCCAACCCAUGGUACGCUCAGCUUAUGCGUCAUUCCGAGGGCAAAGCGAAAGACUUGAAGCGGCUAUGGUCGGGUCCGUCUUCUCAAGGAGACUUAUUGAGGCGAUUCCAUGAGAUCCCCGCCCUUUUCUGGGGAAUCAGCCUCGGCAACGUAGGAAAGACAAUAGCUAUGCCGAGACAACAGACCCGAAAUCAGAUUAAACGUGUGUUUGACUUCUGGGACUACAUCUGCUGUCAUGAUGUGGUCAGCGGCAGAGCCUCAGGUGCAUACGCCGGCCUCAACCUCGCCAACAGCGGCGAGAUCUUGCGUAACUUCGACAACACAGAACGAGCCGCCAUCUUGUCUCGGCUCGAAUCAGCCACGACGGAUCGAGUUGUUCCAACGUUAGGGAUUUUCUUUAGGAAUACCCUAUAUCUACAGAGCGUUAUCGAUUGCCUGAGACACCUGGUUCCACGCCACCGUCAGGCGCGGGACCUAUGGGACGAUUUGAAUAACGGAUUUGAAGAGAGAGGCGAUGGCCGUUGCUUGUUACAGGUAUCUGACACUCGUUUCAAACUGGUCCACGUCAGUGAGAUUGACCAAUUCGAGAUCGCACGCAGACAGCUGUGGCUUUUUGCUUUACGAGAAUUUCCAUCCUUACCUCGUGAUGUAACGUCAAAACGAGCUGAGCCCAAGAGCUGCGUGGACGAGGCCAAGCUCUUUGAGCUCGCGGUGCUUGCUCAUAGACUCGGAUGCCGAUCGGACCAGAUAGAUCAUAUACGGGCCAAUGCGUGCUGGAGACAAUCUCCUAUACAGUCCGUCUACAAACAGGAUUCGAAUAUUGAUUCAAAGCCUUACAAGCACGGCAAACCUCAUCCCGAGGACUUGAAGAGGUACAAAAGUUCGCUCUUUCUUUCGAAUCUCCACAAGCCGUUCGACCCGGAAAGUCUUGAAUCAUCUUUCUUCUUCAUCCAGCGAUCGCUCUACUUUGACAUCUAUCCAGAUAAACCGCAAGGUAUCGACGAGUUGCUGCAUAGGGCGGCCGAGGUGGGCGAGUGCGAACUGAUCGACGACGAAUACCGGCCUAGGAUACAGGGGGCCAGUGAACAAUUAAUACGCCAAGAGGAUCAGCUACGCGCAUCCAUUUCCGAACUGCAGGAGAGGUAUGACCAGAAGGAACUCGAAUCAGAAGCACGGGAGGUGAGAAAUCAAGAGGAGGAGGCAGCCCUUUUUCCGUUUGAAGAGGACACCCCUCCGCCCAUGUCCGAAACCUCAGACUUGCAAGAAAUCGAAGAGGACAAUCCACCGCUCACGUCUGAAACCUCAGACUUGCAAAGGAUGGCAUUCCCGGUUGAAAUAAGGAGAAAAACAAGGGUUGUAAAGACGGAGGCAGAGUUGACGGCAUGGUUAGAGGUAAUCGAACAACAAGGCUACAGUAUGGCUGACCAGUAUAUGAGGACGUUGGUGCCUCACUCAUGCUUCAGAGCGUUAAAGAUCGAAAAAAAAGAAGAGGACAGGCUCAUAAUUCUUGUCAAAGAAAACCUGAUAUAUAGUGAGCGUGAUAUCUUGGGAGAUAUUUAUACCUUGAGGGAGAAGAAAAGAGCAAGAGAGGGUUUUCUUCACCGUACGCUGCAAAUCAAGAGGAAUAAGGUAAUUGAAACUGAUGAUGCUGAUGGUACUCUUUAAUUGUAUCCAAUAUCUCUGCGAGAUAGAUCAAGGUUACUCAAUCAAACUGUUUCAGCGAGAUGACCGGGCAUAUGUGUGCUAGAACAUUCAC